CGUCCACGCCUCCCUCGGGCCCCCAGCGCCUCGGUGGGCGGGGCGUCUCCCAUGACGUCGCCUCCAGAUUCGAGUCCCCGCCCCCUUUCCGCCCGGCGCGUAUAUAAGGCUUCGUCCGGCGUUCGCACUCGCACAAGUGGAGCGCGGCGUCGGGCGCUGCUUGGCUUCCCGGGACAGGGCUCGAGGGCCAGGGCUAUCUCGGACGUGUGUCCGCGCCUUGGGGUGGGGGUGGCAGCAGGCAGUGAGGGACGGCGAGGCCAGCCACGAUGGAGCUCUUGCGGACUAUCACCUACCAGCCGGCCGCCGGUACCAAGAUGUGCGAGCAGGCGAUGGGCAAGGCUGGCGGCGGGGACUCGAAGAAGAAGCGGCCGCAGCCGUCCGCCGAGGAGCCGCAGCCCCAGGCCCAGGUGCCCCCGGCGGCCGCACACCACCGCCACCACCAUUCACACUCGGGACCCGAGAUCUCGCGGAUUAUCGUCGACCCCACGACGGGCAAGCGCUACUGCCGGGGCAAAGUCUUGGGAAAGGGUGGCUUUGCAAAAUGUUACGAAAUGACAGAUUUGACAAACAAUAAAGUCUACGCUGCAAAAAUUAUUCCUCACAGCAGAGUAGCUAAACCUCAUCAAAGGGAAAAGAUUGACAAAGAAAUAGAGCUUCACAGGAUUCUUCACCAUAAGCAUGUAGUGCAGUUUUACCACUACUUUGAAGACAAAGAAAACAUUUACAUUCUCUUGGAAUACUGCAGCAGAAGGUCCAUGGCUCAUAUCUUGAAAGCAAGAAAGGUGUUGACAGAGCCAGAAGUCCGAUACUACCUCAGACAAAUCGUGUCUGGACUGAAGUACCUUCAUGAACAAGAAAUCUUGCACAGAGAUCUCAAACUAGGGAACUUUUUCAUUAAUGAAGCCAUGGAACUAAAAGUUGGAGACUUUGGUUUGGCAGCCAGACUGGAGCCUUUGGAACACAGAAGAAGAACAAUAUGUGGUACCCCAAAUUAUCUCUCUCCUGAAGUCCUCAACAAACAAGGCCAUGGCUGUGAAUCAGACAUUUGGGCCUUAGGCUGUGUAAUGUAUACAAUGUUACUAGGAAGGCCUCCAUUUGAAACUACAAAUCUGAAAGAAACAUACAGGUGUAUAAGAGAAGCAAGGUAUACAAUGCCAUCUUCAUUGCUGGCUCCCGCUAAGCACUUAAUAGCUAGCAUGUUGUCCAAAAACCCAGAGGAUCGUCCCAGUUUGGAUGACAUCAUUCGACAUGAGUUUUUUUUGCAGGGCUUCACUCCAGACAGACUUUCUUCUAGCUGUUGCCAUACAGUUCCAGAUUUCCAUUUAUCCAGCCCAGCGAAGAACUUCUUUAAGAAAGCUGCUGCUGCUCUCUUUGGUGGCAAAAAAGACAAAGCAAGAUAUAUUGACACACACAAUAGAGUAUCUAAAGAAGAUGAAGACAUUUACAAGCUGAGGCAUGAUUUGAAAAAGACUUCAAUCACUCAGCAACCCAGCAAACACAGAACAGAUGAGGAGCUCCAGCCACCUACUACUACAGUUGCCAGAUCCGGAACAUCUGCAGUAGAAAACAAGCAGCAGAUUGGGGAUGCCAUUCGGAUGAUAGUUAGAGGGACACUGGGCAGCUGCAGCAGUAGCAGUGAGUGCCUUGAAGACAGCACUAUGGGAAGUGUUGCAGACACAGUGGCAAGAGUCCUUAGAGGAUGUCUAGAAAACAUGCCAGAGGCUGACUGCAUUCCCAAAGAGCAACUGAGCACAUCCUUUCAGUGGGUCACCAAAUGGGUCGAUUAUUCUAACAAGUAUGGGUUUGGGUACCAGCUCUCAGACCACACUGUCGGUGUCCUUUUCAACAAUGGUGCUCACAUGAGCCUCCUUCCAGACAAAAAAACAGUGCACUAUUAUGCAGAGCUUGGCCAGUGUUCUGUUUUUCCAGCAACAGAUGCCCCUGAACAAUUCAUUAGUCAAGUGACGGUGCUGAAAUAUUUUUCUCAUUACAUGGAGGAGAACCUCAUGGAUGGCGGUGAUCUCCCUAGUGUUACGGAUAUUCGAAGACCUCGGCUCUACCUCCUUCAGUGGCUAAAAUCCGACAAGGCCUUAAUGAUGCUUUUUAAUGAUGGCACCUUUCAGGUGAAUUUCUACCAUGAUCAUACAAAAAUAAUAAUCUGCAAUCAAAAUGAAGAAUACCUUCUGACUUACAUCAAUGAGGAUAGGAUAUCUACAACUUUCAGACUGACAACUCUGCUGAUGUCUGGCUGUUCAUUAGAAUUAAAGAAUCGAAUGGAAUAUGCCCUGAACAUGCUCUUGCAGAGAUGUAACUGAAAGACUUUUUGAAUGGACCCUAUGGGACUCCUCUUUUCCACUGUGAGGUCAACGGGGAAGCCAGUAGACUGAUGUAGAGCAUGUUGAAGAAAAUGGAAAGGUGGUGGUACGAAAACAGUUCCUCUGUGGCCUGCUGGACUGGAUAGAACCAGACUAGGCCAAGGCAUACAGUUCUUGACUUUGGACAAUCCAAGAGUGAACCAGAAUGCAGUUUUCUUUGAGAUACCUGUUUAAAAGAUUUUCAGCCAAUUCUAUAGAAAGACGCAUUGACUCUUAACUUCUCUCUGUUGAGAGCAUUUUAGCCAGAGGACUUAGAACUGUGAAUAUACUUCCUGAAGGGGAGGAAGAAGGGAGGAAGCUCCCAUGUUGUUUAAAGGCUGUAAUCAGAGCAGCUUUUGGCUGCUUAACUGUGAACUAUGGCCAUAUGUAAUUUUUUUUUUGUUUAUUUUUGAAUACACUUGUGGCUGGAAAAGUGCAUUCCUUGUUAAUAAACUUUUUAUUUAUUACAGCCCAAAGAGCAGUAUUUAUUAUUAAAUGUUCGUUUUUUUAUGUUGACCAUUUUAAACUGUUGGCAAUAAAGAGUAUGAAAAAGUAGAAA